AUGGCUGAUGCUGAUGAUAUUCAACCAAUUGUCUGUGACAAUGGUACUGGAAUGGUGAAGGCUGGUUUUGCCGGUGAUGAUGCUCCCAGGGCUGUUUUCCCGAGUGUUGUUGGUAGGCCAAGACAUCAUGGUGUCAUGGUUGGGAUGAACCAGAAGGAUGCAUAUGUUGGUGACGAAGCACAAUCCAAAAGAGGUAUUCUUACCUUGAAAUACCCGAUUGAGCACGGUGUUGUGAGCAACUGGGAUGACAUGGAGAAGAUCUGGCAUCACACUUUCUACAAUGAGCUUCGUAUUGCUCCUGAAGAGCACCCGGUUCUUCUUACCGAGGCUCCUCUUAACCCAAAGGCUAACAGAGAGAAGAUGACCCAAAUCAUGUUCGAAACCUUCAACUCUCCAGCCAUGUAUGUUGCCAUCCAAGCUGUUCUCUCCCUGUACGCGAGUGGUCGUACUACCGGUAUUGUGCUGGAUUCUGGUGAUGGUGUGUCCCACACCGUGCCAAUCUACGAGGGUUUCUCACUUCCCCAUGCCAUCCUCCGUCUUGACCUUGCUGGUCGUGACCUUACUGAUUACCUCAUGAAGAUCCUUACCGAGAGAGGUUACAUGUUCACCACCACAGCAGAACGGGAAAUUGUAAGAGACAUCAAGGAGAAGCUUUCCUUUGUUGCUGUGGACUACGAGCAGGAGAUGGAGACUUCCAAAACCAGCUCCUCCAUCGAGAAGAACUACGAAUUACCCGACGGACAAGUGAUCACAAUCGGUGCUGAGCGAUUCAGGUGCCCAGAAGUCUUGUUCCAGCCAUCGUUUGUGGGAAUGGAAGCUGCUGGAAUCCACGAGACCACCUAUAACUCGAUCAUGAAGUGUGACGUGGAUAUCAGGAAGGAUCUGUACGGUAACAUUGUUCUCAGUGGUGGUACCACUAUGUUCGCAGGUAUCGCAGACCGUAUGAGCAAAGAGAUCACAGCACUUGCACCAAGCAGCAUGAAGAUUAAGGUCGUUGCACCACCCGAGAGGAAAUACAGUGUCUGGAUCGGUGGUUCCAUUCUUGCUUCCCUCAGCACAUUCCAGCAGAUGUGGAUCUCCAAGGCUGAGUAUGACGAGGCAGGUCCAGGAAUUGUUCACAGAAAAUGCUUCUAA